GAGGGGCCGCGGGGACACCGCGGGGACACCCCCGGGACCGAGCGGGGACCGAGCGGGGCGAAGGCUGCGACACCCCCAGCGCCUGCUGAGGGCAGCGCGGCCCAGCCGGGAGGCACCGAGUGUCCCCGCGGGUGACAACGGGGGAACCACCGAGUGUCCCCGCGGGUGACAACGGGGGAACCACCGAGUGUCCCCGCGGGUGACAACGGGGACCGCGGGGGUGACACCGAUUUGGGGGGGGGACAGCGCUAAGCGGAACGUCGUUCCCGCGGCCGCGUUUCCAGCCGGGGCUGUUUUCUCUGCCCGGGGCGGUGUCGGGGGCGCGCCGGCGGAAGCGGAAGUGGCGGCGGGCGGGAUGGAGGAACCGGAGAUGCAGCUGAAGGUGAAGAAAGUGACGGACCGGUUCACGGAGAGCCUGUACGUGCUGGCCAACGAGCCCUCGGUGGCGCUGUUCCGGCUGCAGGAGCACGUGCGCCGCUCGCUGCCCGAGCUGGCCCAGCACAAGUCGGACAUGCAGAGCUGGGAGGAGCAGAGCCAGGGAGCCAUUUACACCGUGGAGUAUGCCUGCAGUGCCAUCAAGAGCAUGACUGACAGCAGUGUUUACUUCAAGAGCAUCGACAGCCUGCUCAGGCACUCCAUAGCCAUGAAGGAGCAGCUCAGCGCCGCCCAGGGCCGCAGCACCAUCACCCCCCAGCCCAAGAAUCCUCCAGGCACUUCCUGAUUUUCAUCCUGAUUUUCCCAGCCUUGGGAAAAAAUGGGAAAACCACAGGUAGAGAAGCCCCUGAAUUCCCAGGAACACCAAAAAAAAAAAGAGCUGGAAAAUCCCAAA